AUGACUUCAUUAGUUGGUGGGGGUCCUGAGGGCAAUGAUGAGCGCGUCUCAAAUUAUGAACAGCAUGAGGCAAUUAUAUUUUGUGUUGAGUUGUCGAAUCAAAUGUUUGAAAGUUCACAAAGCCUUCACGACAAAGCAGUUAUUAGUGAAAUAUUAGAUGCUUUGCUUGAACUGAUGGCAGAAAUGAUAAAAAUUCUGCCUACAAUGAGCAUUGGCUGCUAUUUUAUUAACAGUGGACAUGACUUAUCUGAACAUGGAGUAUAUGAACUAUUCCCUUUGGAGGGAAUUAGCAUAAAGAAUAUCAUAAAAAUGGAGAACAUUAAUUCCAGUAUUAGGACAGGGACAAUGAACGGUUGCGAAGUGCUUCCUUUGAGUGAUUUAGGCUCAACAGCAUUAGUGCCUAUCUUUCGUGUUCUAUUGGAGCAAUUUACGCAUGAUUUCAAAAAAUGGCCUCAUGGUCGAAGAAAGAUAUUUCUAUUCACUGAUAAUGGUUAUCCUUCUGAGUGCGCUAGUCUGGAAGCAAAAAAUACUCUGCGUGAUAUAAUAAUUGACCUUGAUAAGCUAUUCGUUAAUUUUGUUACCUUUUUCCUUAAUUCUGAUAUCCAUCCUUUCAAUAAUUACUUUUAUUCUGAGAUCUUGGCUUCGCCUUUUGAUGAAAAGGACUCCGCUAAAUAUCGCGGCCCCUCUACUUGCAGCAUAGAUGCGUCUUCAAUCAGAUCUAUAGUUCUACGGAAAAAGGAGUCGAGUAGGUUUCAUUUUAGAUGUCCAUUUAUUAUAAAUGAGGAAAGCAAUUUUGUAAUAGGAAUUAAAGGCUCACACGCUGUAACCACGGAAAAGGUGGGUGGAAGAUACAAGUACGUCACAAACGAAGAUAAUCCUACUAAAGAGGUUUUUACUCAUAGGAAGUUUUACAAUGCAGAUACUGGUGAAUACACGGAUAAUAACAUAAUAAAGGCUUAUGAGGUUGCGGAUGGUAAAUUCGAACUGCCGUCAAUGCCAGAACUUAACGGCAGCUAUUACCCUGGAUAUGAUGUUUUCUUAAAGUUAAUUGGAUUUGAUGAGAUCCAAAAGCUGAUAAAAUACUAUGAUAAUAUAUCAACGGCAUCAUAUGUGACACCUGAUAGUAGUUACGAUGGCUCAGCAGAUGUCCUUGCUUCUUUAUACAGAUCUAUGAAGAAGAAAAAACAGGCAGCUUUAUUGUGGGGUGUAAUUAAAAAAUCUGGUAACCCAAUGGUGUUCACAUUGUUACCAUCUGUACUUGACGGUCAUAAAGAUGCAUACUGUUUAAUUAAUUUGCCAUUUCUAGAAGAUAUAAGGAAGUUCCCCGUCAUUUCCAAUCUCAAUCAACAUAUAUCAGAUCCUGAUGAAUAUCAGGCAAUGUUAAACGUUUCCAAGAAUAUUAUUAGGCGUUUUAAUUUGCGGGGAUCAUACACUCCAUCGUCUUUCAAAAAUCCUGCAUUAAACGCAUUCCAUGAGAUCCUACUUGAUGUAUAUCUAAAAGACAAUCAAGGAACCCAAUUUAUUUAUAGACCUCCUCCACAACUUGAUUCCACAUUGAAGAAGGUGCAGCUUCUCCGAGACUUAAUUCUCAAGGUAUCAGAAGAUGAAACUCAUCACAAUCUUUGCAGUUAUAUGAACUAUUGGAACACUUGUUAUAACAGGCAGCGCAAUAAAGCGAUUAUAAAAGUUCCAAAGGCUAAAACCACUGAGCAGUAUUCAGAGGCUGGCUUUCGGCAUUCUCAGCACAGGACAGCCACAAGUGCUAACUUCGUUUUCAAUCUUUGA